AUGGAACCUGCUUUUCCUCUAUUUCGACAACCCAAGAAUGUCAUCAUCGAAGUGAUCAAGAAUUUACCUUUGAAGCAAUUGUUCAAAUUCUCUCUGGUCUCAUCGGAAACUAAGAAUCUGGUGUCAUCAUUAGGAUUAGAAGCAAGUGAUGUUGACAUCAACAUUUGGAACACUAUUAGGGUAGCUGUACGCAUCGGAAUAAACAGUUUGUUUCUGAACUUUUAUAACGAUUCGAAUGAUCCGAAUGUUUUAAUGCCUAUCGAUAUCAAUAUCCCAGUUGCUGCUACUUGUGACUAUGAAGACACAAAAUUACAAUCAUCCACUCCAUUCAACUUCAGCAAUUGGAUGAAUCACAUCAAUACCGUAUUCUGUUACACUAAACCACUGAAUGUUUAUUUCUAUCGAGGCUGUGAGAGAUUUGAAAUUGAACCGUUGAAGAAUACAAUUGGAAAUGUCAAUUUUCUCAUUGUGUUUGCGGAAGUAACCAACACUUGUAGCAAGAAAGUUUUGAAAACUUUCAACGCCCCAAGCGAAUUGUUUCUGCAUAGAAGUCCAUUUGAAGAUACUUGUCAGAUUCAACAAAUCUUCAUUCAAAACUGCGAGAUUCUUACAUUUGUUGAUGAAUACUCAUUGGAUGACAUGCUAUUAGUCAACAGUGAGAUAGUCAGUUUCAGUCGUCCAAUAUCUCAAAAACAGUUCAACCAAUUCGUCAAACAUUGGAUCCGUGGGUCUAAUCCAAGAGUGCAACACGUGUUUUUAUCAAUCGAUAUGGCCGAUUUCGUCAACGGAGAAGUGUAUUUGAAUGGGAUCAAAUGCAUGGGCAUGAGCGAAGAUGCAAAAAGAGAAAUCCGUCGGAUGCACAGUCUGCCAAUGUAUGUCGAUAUAAUCCAGAUCAGACGGAAGGAUGGGACAGCUGCAGUUAUUGGGAUCCGCAAAUCAGAGAAUAUUCUUGAUAUCCACUUCGUUGUGUUGCACUGA